GGUUGCGAUGAAGUUCGUACACUGUUUAUAGAUACGGUAUUAUCGCACAAACAUAACCUCAACGCGGUACAUUCAUUCGUGAGUUUUUAUUACCGAAUAAAGAUAAGACUAAAAGAAUUCGUGUGUAAUGCGAUACUUACAAGAUGUCGUAUCAUUGGAACAUUAAUUUGUAAGAAAAAAAUUUCCUGGUGGUUCCAACUCAAGGUCAACUGUGAUCCAAGAGUGGUAUCAGGUCAGACCCCAGUCAGUUCCGCUGUGACCAAGUACCAGUUCAGUGAGAAAACAUGCAGCCUACUACUUUAGUGUGUUGUCUUUUAUUUGUCGUGUUGGCUGUUGUGGUGGUCCCUGGCAACAGCCAAGUGUUGCGGACUCGCACCACCACACCUCUGCCACCCCGCAGGGAGAGAUUACCCUACACUCCAGUGAGGGGUAGUCAGCGUCAGGAGAGGCUGCCCUACACCCCUGUCAAGCCUACCACCAUGCGUCCUGGCAUGGUACUCAGGAGCAGAACAACUACCAGAAGAGUGCCGUUUCCCACGAAGACUACGCCGAAACCCUGCAACUGUAACUGCAACAUCACUGACUAUCGACCACUGUGUGCUGGCGAUGGAACAGAUCGUGACACCUUCGCCAACCAGUGCCAACUCGACUGUUUUAACUGCACACACAACAAGAGAUAUCGAGUGCUACAACAAGGAGAGUGCAGCAGAUAGAAAGUUGACCGAAUGGAGUUAUGACUAUCAGAAACUGGAAUGCAUCCAUUAAUUUGCUAAUUGUUGGUUGAAUAACAUUACCAUUCUAUGUACAUGAUAUAAUUUUAUAUUUUUAAAUAUUAAUAUGUAUAUAUUGUUUUAAAAUACAAAAUGAAAAUGUUAUUGUA